AUGUCUGUCUCCUCCUUCAAAGGUAGGAAAGUUGAAGACUUUUCUAGAAAGAGGUCUGACACUUCAUCAAAAGCAUCCACCAAUAACAAAAUGCCAGAUGAAAAUGUUCACCCUAGCGGCAGUAGUAACAGCGGAUCAACGCCCUCGCUUCCGCUCUCCAUUCCGUACUAUUACAUUGCCAACCAUACUGAUAGUUUCGAUACCGUGAACUUAUUGAAUGGAGAAAAUGAACAACCGCAAUAUUCAAACACUUCACAUUUAAAUAUACCUUCCCAUUCGCCCGCUAAGCAGCAGCAGCCUGCUUACACCCCACAACUUUCGAGUCAGCAACAGCAGCCUCUUGCUCACCCUCAGGAGCAAUUCCUUCAGCAGCCUCAGCAACAACAACAUCAACAACAACAGCAUCAUCGUCAGCAUCAGAAUCAAAAUCAGCAACAACAACAGCCACAGUACCAACAGCAGUACCAGCAAGAACAAGCCUUCCAGUUCCAACAAACUCGACAGCAACCACAAGUGACCAUUGAUAAAAUGAAAGAUGAAGGUGGACAUGAAAGAACCAGCUCCAACGGAACUGGAACUCUUUUCAACCAAGUGCCUAAGAGAUUCUCUCAGUUCAUAUUAGACCAGCAAAAUCCAUAUAUGGCACAAAGGCUUGAUCAUCUAUCAAUGAAUCUGAUUUCCUUAUACAGCGGUGGUACUCCUUCGUAUAUGGAAUCUCACAUACAAUCCGGUUACAACUAUACAAACAACUCCAGCUCAAACCCCAAUCAUGGUAAGAAAGCUGGAAUGAAGACUGGGUCCACCACAACUUCAUCCAACCCAAAAAACAAAUCUUCCACCACAGACUCAAUACAUAGAGAUAUUCUGGAAUCAAUGGGAUCACAGGCGACGAUCUUCUCAACGAGACCUCAAGAUAAUGACACUAAUAGCAGUGGAAUAAAUAACUUGAAACGAAGAAAGGCAGUUAGGUCCAAAGAGGGUGGUCUCAUGUACCGAUUCCAACUUCGCAUGCGCAGAAUUGCCAAGAAGAUGAAGUAUAUAUUCACUGUAAAGAGGAAGAAGACUGUCAAACCAAUUGGUCCAACUGAAGAAAGGAGAAGGUUCAGGAGUUUACUUAGGAGGUCCAACAGAACAGCUGCAAAUAGCAAAAUGAAGAAGAAAAAGCAAGAUGUUUCCGCUAGCGACUUAAAAAAGAGCAUGAAGAAGAGUUUAAGUAUGAGAUUGCCUAAGAGUAAAAGUAAAACAAUUUCCAUUUCUGCACCUACGCAAAAUCUUGAUUUGGGAGGGGGUAGUGAAUUGGUUCCGAUGGAUUCCAGAUUGAAAUUGAGAGCUGGUUUGCAAGAUGCAAACAAAAACGAAUUAGUCGAUCUUCCAACCGAGGAGGAUUCGAUAAGAAGAAAAACUUUGUCACCUCCUGCAAUAGUACCUUCAUCUAAUCCAUUGACCAGAGCUGGUAAAUUCACUACUAGAAAAGCACCACCACCUCCUGCUGUGCCUACCAAGCAACAACAACAACAGCAACAGCCAGAACCGGCUCAACUUGCAGCAGUAAGUGCAGCCCUUCAAAAACACGUCGCUGCAUCAAAGUCCAAUGCUACCCUUCAGAAAUCAAACGCUGAUGCAUUGGAUGCUGCGGCCGCCAACGCUAGAGCUUUGUCAGAUCACCUUCCUGGAUCAGCUGUCGUACGUAAAUCGUUAUACGCUACUGUUGUUGACCAAAUGGAGGAGGAAUCUUUAGUGGAAGCUUGGAAGAACUAUCUUUCCCAUGUAAUUGCGUCUAGAAUUAAACUUAGACAAGAAAUUAAUUUCUAUCAAUCCCUUAAGAAGGAGCUGACCGAACUGAACUACAAAUUUGGAAUUGAAACUGAAGAUGAACAGUCCCGUGCUGGCUCACAGGCAGAUUUCUCAAGGGUACCAUCUCACAUGGGAUCCCAGGCUACAUUCGCUAAAUCAAUUCCAAUCACAACAAGGACUGUUUCAGAAGAUACCUCAAACUCCAAAUUCACUCAGCCUGGUGUUAAUAUGAAGUCUAGUAAUUCUAGUAGAAACACGAGCUCUUCUACCAACUACUCCAAUGCUCCUCGUGGUUUCUCGUCCGUUAGUCAUAAACUUCUGGUUAAGUCAUUCGCACCAACUAUGACCACCAAUGCUGAAUCAGAUGAGGAAGAUGAAGACGAUCACUCCGUGAUUUCAAUACUCGACCCUACAGCUGAAGAGUUCAACAGAUCAUUUGCAAAUAGACACUCAAUGUUGGGAGAAAUGUUAGACUAUCAGUCAGAUACGACUUCAAUUGCAUCAUCCCAAGGUUCUACUGCUACCGAAACGGGAUCAAGAGCUACUCAUACGACAGAAUCGGCCUCAAACAUUCUUCCCAGCGCCGUACUUUCUAAUGAGGACAUAGGUAUUGGCAUGAGGUAUGGAACUGUUAUUCGCAGAUCUUCCCCCUCUAAAAAGAGUGCCAGUGGAAGCAAAACUCACUUAUUGAGCCAUAGUAGUUCAGAAGGCGAAGGAGAAAAAUCCAGCUCAGGAUCCGCUGGUAAAAGUAAUGGCCUGACAAUAUCAAUCAACAAAGUUGGACAAAGACCAAUUUCAUUGAAGAGAUCACAAGGCUUCAGGGUUGGUUUGAAUUCCGCAGCAUCCUUGGAAGUACUUUAG